AUGAACGCGUUCGCCGGCGAUUAUGACGAAGACCACUUUAAAGACCCGUAUACCUUCAAUCCCGAGCGAUAUCUCGGCGAAACAGAUGGUACGCCUCAUUAUGCCUACGGAGCUGGAAGCAGAAUGUGUGCAGGAGCUCAUCUAGCGAAUCGAGAAAUGUUUACAUUUCUUAUCCGUCUCAUCGUAGCAUUUCGAAUCCUUCCACCUGAGAACAAGGAGCACGCAAUGGUACUGGAUGCAAUGAAAGCCAAUGGAUGUACCACGGCUCUCAGUGGAGCUGAACCUGAACGAGCUUUACAAGUGUUUUAUUUGGAUAGUAAAAAUGUUGAGCUCACUCGUUCGACUUUAAUGGAGCGAUGGAAUCAACUUCCUACGGCUGACCCGAUAAAAGGAAUACGACAGUAUCAUCACUUCGAUUCAAGGCAGAUAGGUGAGAUUGAAGCCAGCUAUACCUCAUGCUCAACAGACUCGAAACUAUAUCAAAUGUUAACCAAAGGUGAUAAAAAGACAGCUAAACGAGUUCAUAGUGUCAUCGGUCUGCUCAAAAAUGACUAUAUUGUGGCAGAAGUGCUAGAUAAGUGGUCCUUAGCUCUAAUAACUGGUGUCGAUAUAAUUAGGGCCUCUAUUGAUCUACAGUUCUUUCAUCCAGCUGGUCCAUCUCUAUCCUUCUCCUCUCCAAAACCCAAUCAAGCUCCAAAUCAGUCUACGAUUUUUCCUAACGAGAUUAUAGCGCGACUCGUCGAACAUCCUAAAGCUACCAGACGCGGUAUUGUUAUAUCAGCCCAACAACUAGCUAGUAUUGAAGACAUUUACUCUGAAUUCUAG